GAAAGACGCAGUUUCACCAAGUGAAGAAUCCUUAUUGAAGCAAGGAAAGUUGAGGUUGAAUAUUUUGUUGAUGUUCGCGAUUUUAUCUUUCAGUGUGCGGCCACGUGAUUCCCAAAGUUCAGGGAGCCGCAUCCAGCUUGAAUGUUCAUUGUUCAACACCGGUUGAGAAAACAGAUUGCAGUGGUGCUUCCAUCCAGAUAAUUUCUAUUCACUUCCUUUGACAGGUUGAUUAACACAUCACAGCCCCCACUCUCACAAUGGCUGACUCCCCCGGCUCCCCUCUCUCUUCUCUUGCUUCUGAGGAGUUCGCGGAGGACAUGAAGUUUGAGGACCACCCUCACUCUCCCACCGUUUCAACCCCCCAGAUGCCACCUUCAAAGCGCCGUCGGACUGGGAUCUCAUCCUGGGAUCGUCAUACUCCUAUCUCAUCGGUUCACGAAGAUAUACCUCCGGCAUCCCCUUCUGCCUCGAUCUCUUCCGAUAGCUCGGGGGAGCUACCAAACUCUCCCCUAACGCUUGCGCUCAUCGGUGGCGGCAUUGAGGACGACUAUAGCGGACAAGGGCGGGAUCAAGUUACCGUUUGCCAAUGGGAAGGAUGCGAUGCGAAUGAUCUAGGAAACAUGGAUGCGCUUGUCAAACACAUACACGAAGAUCACAUCGGGUCUCGACAAAAGAAAUACCUAUGCGAAUGGAGCGAUUGCGGCCGGAAAGGCCAGACUCAUGCCAGCGGAUACGCAUUGCGAGCGCACGUAAGGAGCCAUACGAAGGAGAAGCCCUUCUAUUGUACUUUACCAGAAUGCGAUCGUAGCUUCACACGCUCGGAUGCACUUACAAAACACAUGCGAACGGUUCAUGAAACGGAUGCACUUCGCCCUACAGAUGCGACUGCAAAAGGAGCCAGCGGAACUGCUACGGGCACAACUAGAACACCCAGAAUCAAAUUAAAGCUCUCACAGCCCGCUAAGGAAGGUAGCAACGAUGGAGAUAAAAGCGAUGUAACGAAGGAUUCCGACCAGGCAACAAUACCGUAUCUGAGCCCGGAAUUGGGUUUUGACGAACAUGAACUUUCCCUCCCCCCAGAGCAACUAUGCUAUCUUCUACGUCGCCAGCUCCACUGGGCUGGUCAAGAAGCCGCCCAGCUGAAGCAGGACUGGGAAAUAAUCGAGCCAAUGCGAAAAGAGUCAUGGAGAGACAAGGAGUUAAUUUUCGAGGACGUUAUACAUGCUGAACUUCGAGUGUUCAAAUCUGCUAUAUCAGCAGAGGACAUAGCUAUUGCUCCAGGGACGAAUGGAGCCAUGCCCUUAAACGAAGCGUCGUUGUCAGUUAUUGCGAGCAAACGGCCCGAGGUAUCAAGAUCGAAUGAGCGUCCUGAGUCACCUAGGCUCGAUACAUGACAUCCCCUGGAGAGGGAGGGGACCAGCCGACGUUUUGAUCAUUUAGUAGCGAAUUCACAUGCCUAAUUCCUUUUUUUUUUCGGUUUCCCACUCCUUGCUUUUCAUGAUAGUGGAAUAUUUCGUUAACGAGCAUUCAUGUUAAGAGACUUUGGGCGAACAGACUAUUUUGAUUUUGAUAUUUCAUGGGAAGGGCGGCGGCUUUUCCUUUCAUUAUUAUUACUGUAUUAUUUUAGCAUCUAGCACCGAUUUACAGCGUCAAAUAUCCCCAGGUUGGGCUUGUUUCUUUCUUGUAAACUUUGAUAACUUAACAAUCAAUUGCCAUAUCUCAGAAUACGUCAUGUAUAUUUCCUCUAUCCCUACCCACUUGACAACGCGUCGACUGAAAUAACCGGAACGGCCAUUGACUUCGCCUAGAGAGCUCACCCCGAAUAGCACGAACACUGGGCAACCAAAAAAUUGAUAUUAAUCAACAGGCGGAAGAUCCCUUUAGUUUCUGUGGAAACGAACAGGGGAUAAUUUACCAUACUGCAAAAAAAUGCCACGACCCUCUUACAAAAAUAGUUGGGCAUACUUUGCCGUUCUUGCUCCUUGACCAGAAAGUUGAAACCCAAUAGAUGUCUGAUAUCCCUGACAAAACCCGCGGGUUUCAACAACGAAAAUCCUCUUUCUGUUGUCCUUGGCAGACUAACGCCGGUAUCGACCAAUGAUUGAUUGCCUUGAAUACGUUUCCCUGUACUGUUUGUUGGAAACUGAUUGACCGAGAUUGCCAAAUGGAGGAUAGCAUUUUAGUCGAGGCGCUGUCGAUUUGGUUGGGAGCCGUUGGGUAAUUAAUCUUUCAACAGUGAUCGUGUCGUCUAUUGACCUCCAUGGCCCUCAGGAUAGUUUAUUUUCGAGUGAUAGAGGGAUGCCAAAACGGUGCAGUUAAGAGAUUAUGACGGAAGAAUGAGCUCAAUAGAGGCAGGUUACCGUAGGCUGUCUUGAUAUAUAUGUAUGCAGCUUAUCCUGAUAGCCUGAAAACUCAACCAUACCAAGAAACAUUAUUCAUAGUUACUUAGAUCCCACCCUACCUGUAUUCGGAUACGUCGAAUAUAUGUUUCACAAAGAAUAUUGAAUACAAGAAAUAGCAUCCUCCUGUAGACGUAUUAUUAUUUUUCACUUUUGUCAAGAAAUAAGAUAUACGCAAGACCAAAAUUCAAGAAUGACUUGGUAGAACUCCCCCCGUGGGACAUUUCUUUUGUUAAUCCGUUCCAGCCUCAAGGAGAAAAGAGAACAAACUCCGCAACCUCCAACGCACGAGCCAGCCAGCCAGCCAGCCAGGAAUGACAUGAUAAUGUAUUUGGAGAGAAAAAGAAAAGAUUAUAUAUCGGAAAAGAAGACACAUAUGAGCACAGAAAACAGGUGAAGAGCACCAUGUUAUAAUAGAAAGAAUAUCUAGCAAGAUAAUCUGCCCUGUAAAAAGUAGAGGGUUUUUUAGGAAACUGCGUUAAAUCAACAAAGAUUGAACUCGUCGUCUCACUCACUCAUACACCCACUUAAAAAAAGAGAUCUGAUACACAAAAGUCCCACCGCUCUGAAGGUUGGCGAAUAGCGUAGAAUAAAAACACCGUCGCUAUGCAGCAAAUAAGAGAGAGCUAAACAUCGACAUGAAGAGAGAAAGAAAG